AUGACAGAGGAAGCCGACCUCAAAACAUCAGCCCAGAAAUCAUUGACAGCUUUGCAUGUAUGGUGUUUGGGUAUCCAAGAUCCAGAAGAUGUAAGCAAAGGCCAGCAAAAUCUCAGCCCAGAGAUUGAGUCGCUCGUUAUGUCCUGUCAGAAGCUUCGGAAGAAUGGCUACAACAAUGGACGAGACCUUUUGGCCACAAACGAAAUCUUGAAACAUCAAGUGCAAAGCAUGAUGGAAGACCUUACCUACAACUCUCUCCAAAGUUUUGCUCUUCUCACCGAGCACUUCCACACAGCUUCUCAAGUGCUUUUGCCUCGUCAGCUUCUCCUUUUCUUCGUCGAGCCCUCCAAGGCAAUCGACAGUGUGUGCAACUAUAUUUAUUGCAGGCACAGCAAAACCAUCAAAUCGGAGUCCGUGAAGAAAUUCAAGAGAAGAUUGAUUGAGCUACUGGGGAUAGUGGAAUACUACGUGGUCAGAGGAAAAUGGGCUUUGUAUGUAUAG